AGGACACAGGCAGAAACUAUGUCCAGGCCGCUAAAUCGAACGAACCCAGUGCGCCUCUGUCGUAGCACAGCGUGUUGAAUUGAACCCACACAACACACAGUCUCUUUACAAGUGGAGCUGUGCUAAGGUCACUUCCAUAUUGUUUAAUUCUGUUAAAGAGGAGACUGUGGUGAAGAACCGACAUGGUGUUCCUGUCGUUGUCUUGUUGGAUCAGAAGCCGUGGGCCUGACAGAUACUGGAAAGUUCAAGAAGUUCUCAAAAAUGCACGGCACUUCAGAGGCAGGAAGAACCGCUGCUACAGUCUGGCUGUGAAGGCGGUCAGGAGAGCUUUCGUCUACGCCACUUUAGGUCGGAAACUGAAGAAACGCAACAUGAGGACGCUCUGGAUCACACGCAUUGCAGCAGCUUCACGAGAGCACGGCAUGAAGUAUCCCGUCCUUAUGCACAACCUCACCAAGACCAGCGUUCAGCUCAACAGACGUGUGAUCAGCGACCUGGCCAUCACAGAACCUCGGUCAUUCCUCUCACUUGCAAAGGUGGCGCGGGCUCGGCAAGAGGAAGGCUUCCGAGCAGCGUUGGGUGACGGCAAAGAGCCUUCUGGUGUCUUCUCCCGUGUUGUUAUGCUACAGUAAAGGACUUGGUAUGUGGUUUAAAGAGCGGUGGUCUUGGAUUGUGAAGAUGUCCAGCACACACUUGCCUCCUUGCUUUACGGUUGUGCUUCAUCUAAUUUAUUUUCAUUUAAAAAUAUAAGAUUAAUUUAAAUAAAUAAUGUUGUUUAUUUUUGUGGUACUUUAUUGAUCCACAGAGCUUUUUUCAGGCAUCUAACCAAAAACACAUUGACUUUAAGAGGAGGGAACUGAAAAUGCAAAAAUGCUGACUCAUUUCCGGGUCUUAGGACUCAUUCCUGCAGCACUCUGUACCAGGGCUGCUCCAUGCUUAACGACGUCUCUGCACCAGGGGCUGUUCACCAUAUGUGGGUGGAAAAGUGUCAACUGAUGGCUGAUCAGAGUUCUCCCCUGCACCCAUGCUGUGAUUGUGGUGUCCAAAAGCAGUGCAUUCAUGAAAACAGAUUUGACAAAUGAAAAUGCCUUCUGCUUUUAUUAAGGCCCUUGCUGUCAAUGCGGGCAAUGGGCAGCUCCUAAAUACUUUUCAAAAAUAAUUUCAGGUGAUCCAUUUCAAGUAAAGUUUAGGGUUGAUUGAAGAAUAUUUCUGAAAGUGUGAACUCUUGUGUCAUAACAAGGACAUAAUCAUAAUCCAAGAUGGCAGCUGACAUUAAACUUCAUAGUAAUUGUUUGUCCACAGUCUGCUUCUGCCCCGUUCACUGAUUUCAGUCCUACGUCUCUAUCAUGUGUGCCAGACUUUUACAGUGUUACCUACAGAAUGCUCCUCUACAGCCGUCCUGAUCACCUCCAGUAUCGUGAUUUAACACAUUUCCACAAACCUCCCUGUGUUUGCAUAAUGCAAACUUUUUAUUAAGUUAUGAUUGGAUGCUGAUUGUGAGUUUUUUUGGAGGUUGGUAAGACCUCAAGCCUGUGAUAAUGACUUUUGUCUUUGUGUAAAUAUAUAUUUUGCCAUUUGUUGUGGUGAGGUUGUCCUCUGAAUGUUUAUUCAUUAAACAUUUUUGAUAUAUA